CUUGAGAGGAAUACUUAAAGAGACAGGUUAUGGCUACUUCUGUUACUCGUCUUGUUCAUUUUCCUUUUUUGUUUCUUUUUCUCAUACUUCUACCAAUAAAUUCCAAUGCUCAAACCUACAAAAAUAUAAGUUCCGGUUCCUCUCUAACUGCUGGUGAUGCCGAUACUUCAUGGCCAUCCCAGUCUGGUGACUUUGCGUUUGGCUUCCGUCAAAUAUUGCAAGACAAUCAAUUCCUACUUGCAAUCUGGUUCAACAAAAUUCCUGAUAAAACCAUUGUCUGGUUUGCAAAUGAUGCGGAUGAGAAUAAUCGAGAGAUACAAAUCCGAAAGGGAUCCAGGGUUGAGCUCACCACUGAUGGUAAACUCAUCCUCAACGACCCCCAGGGCAAUGAAUUAUGGUCAGCCGGAAAAGCAGGUGGUGCUGAUUAUGCAGCCAUGCUUGAUAAUGGGAAUUUCGUUCUUGGAAGUAGGAGUUCUGCUGAACUUCUAUGGGAGAGUUUUAAGGAUCCUACAGAUACAAUCUUACCUACACAAGUAUUGAAAGUGAAUGGCAGUGUUUAUUCGCGAGAAACUAAAGAUAGUUACUCGAAGGGAAGGUUCAGACUUCGCAUGCUUCCAGAAGGAAAACUGGUACUUAAUGUUGCUGCCUAUCCGAGUUCGAGUGAGUUUCAAUAUGAUGAAUAUUACCCGAAUAAUAACGAUGAUAGUCAAAAGGAAGGUUACGAGGCUGUCUUCAACCAAUCAGGUUACAUCUAUGUUAACCUAAGCGAUGGAACCAAAAGGUUUCUCUCAACUGAGAAUUUACUCCCGAUCAGCGAUGUAUAUUAUAGGGCGACGCUCGACUUCGAUGGAGUUUUCACUCAGUAUUCUCACCCAAGGAGUAAAAAUGGAGAGCAGGUUUGGUCCACAGUGUGGUCUAUUCCUGAUAACAUAUGUGUUGCAAUUGGUGGUGUACGGGGGGCUGGUGCUUGCGGAUAUAAUAGCUACUGUAGACUCACAUCCGACAGAAGGCCGCACUGUAAAUGCCCACCUAAGUUUUCAUUUGUAGAUCCAAAUAACACAUAUGGAGGUUGUAGACCGGAUUUCUUACAAGGAUGUCAACUAGAUGAAUGGAAAACGAAAACGAAUUCAUUUGAGUUACAGACUUUAGAUGCCGUAGAUUGGCCUACUUCUGACUAUGAGGAGUUGGGGAAUUAUGAUAUAGAAGAAUGCAAAACUUCAUGCCUCAGCGAUUGCCUUUGUGAUGUAGCCAUUUUCAGAAACCGGACCUGUUGGAAGAAGAAGUUACCACUCUCAAAUGGGAGAGAGAAUGGAGAUACUAGCAUGGCAGUUCUUAUAAAAGUAAGGAAGGCCAAUUUGUCGGAACCGAAUUGCUUCUUUCCUCAACCUCCGGACGAAAUUAAUGACCGAUCGACACUAUUACUGGUGGUGUCAUUGCUUUUAGGAAGCUCAAUACUUUUCAACUUCAUAUUUUUAGCAAGAGCGUUAUAUCUUAAUUCUCUAGCCUUUCUGGUCUGCUUCUUCUCCACGGAAAAGAAACUGAGAGGAAAAGCACAAGAUUCAAGUGUUUCAAGAUCCAGUCUCCGAUCAUUUACUUAUCAAGAACUUGAAGAAGCCACAAAUGGGUUCAAGGAUGAGUUAGGAAGGGGCGCUUUCGGCAUCGUGUACAAAGGACUUAUUGAAGAGAUGGAUUCAACAAGGUUCAUAGCAGUGAAGAGGUUAGACAAGGUUCUUCAAGAAGGCGAAAAAGAAUUUAAAACUGAAGUCAAUUCAAUAGGUCGGACACAUCACAAGAAUCUGGUACAACUGUUCGGGUUCUGCGAGGAGGGACAACAAAGACUCUUGGUGUAUGAGUUCAUGAGCAAUAAAAGUUUAGCAGAUCACCUCUUCGGAAACUCUAAGCCAGAUUGGAAACAACGGGUCCAAAUUGCACUUGGUAUAUCCAGAGGAUUAUUGUAUUUGCACGAGGAGUGUAGCACCCAAAUCAUCCACUGUGACAUAAAGCCUCAGAACAUACUAUUAGAUGACAGUUUUACAGCGAAAAUUUCAGACUUUGGAUUGGCAAAGCUUUUGAUGACUACCCAAAGUCGAAUUUCUACGAUUACAGGGAUUAGAGGGACUAAAGGAUAUGUUGCACCAGAGUGGUUCAGGAACACACCAGUCUCGGCAAAAGUGGACGUUUACAGUUUCGGUGUAAUGCUACUUGAGAUCAUAUGUUGCAGGAAGGGAGUUUUUCGGGAGGAGGGAGAAGAAGAUAUGAAAGCCAUUCUCACUGACUGGGCAUACUAUUGCUUCAGCCAAGGGAAACUAGAAGAUUUGGUAGAGGAUGAUGAGGAAGUGAUGAACGACAUGAGGAGAUUUGAGAGGCUAGUGAUGGUAGCUAUUUGGUGUAUUCAAGAUGAACCAUCACUUCGACCAUCGAUGAAAAGAGUAAUGCAGAUGCUAGAAGGGGUGCUUGAAGUUCCCGUGCCCCCAUGUCCUUAUCAGUUUAACACCCAUGAUGAAAGCUAUAGUGAACCAGACUACGUCUAAUAAGCUAAGAAAUAUAUUUAUAUAUUGUUAUUUGUGAUGUUAGUAAAGUAGUUAAUGUUUGAGAUGUAUAAAUAUGUACGAGUCCAACUGUGUUUAGAGUGUUGAUUUUUUAAUAAAACUAAAAAAUAUAUUUCAAUGUGAAUUGUAGUUGUGGAAAAUCCCACAACUACAUCCGAUGAGAUGAUAAGAACAUUAAAUCUAUGUCAUGGAGAUAAACUUAAACUUUGUAAGUUGUUUUUGAUAAGUUUUCAAUGUGCAAAGUUUUGUUCUCUUUUU